CCAGCUUCUUGUUACCAAAGCCGGCGUUGGGCUUAGUGGGGCACCGUUUGUUUAUACCGUCGACUUGUACACAUUUGUUUACAAAACAACGUGGAGCGGGACGACAUUUUUACCUCUAUUUGUCCUCAUCUUGGAUAAAAGCGGGGUUUUUGUUCCCACUCUAUCCGGAUGAAAGGAUAUUUACGGCAUUUUGGUUCCUGCGACGUGGAUACGACACACAGGAGAACCGCGCCAACUGGAUUAUAACUAAAAGCCAAUAUAUAAAAAUAUAUAUUUUUAAAGUUAUACAUUAAAGGAAUGCUGCUUUCCAAGCUUAACUCCCUGGCUCACAUCUCCGCCGACAUGCCGGCGAAGCUCCAAGUUCAUCCAGUGAAGGAGCCAUUCGAGAAGCUCUACCAGGUUGGGGCGGUUCUGGGCAGCGGUGGCUUUGGCACCGUCUACUCCGGUACGAGGACGUCCGACGGAGCUCCGGUGGCUGUCAAACAUGUCGCGAAGGAUCGGAUCUCCGAGUGGGGAGAGCUGCCUAAUGGCUCCAAGGUCCCGAUGGAGAUAGUGCUGUUAAAGAAGGUCGCUACAGGCUUCCGCGGCGUCAUUAAGAUCCUGGACUGGUUCGAGCGAGCAGAAAGCUUCAUCAUUGUCAUGGAGAGGCCGGAAAACGUCAAGGACUUGUUCGAUUUCAUCACGGAGAAGGGGGCUCUGCCGGAGGAGCUUGCACGCAGCUUUUUCCGCCAGGUGCUGGACGCGGUGCGUCACUGCAACAACUGCGGCGUGGUGCACCGGGACAUCAAGGACGAGAAUAUCCUUAUCGACCUCCGAACCGGGGAAAUUAAGCUCAUCGACUUCGGCUCCGGAGCCCUGCUGAAGGACACUAUAUACACCGACUUCGAUGGCACAAGAGUCUACUGCCCACCUGAGUGGAUCAAAUAUCACCGCUAUCACGGGCGCUCGGCUACGGUGUGGUCCCUGGGUGUGUUACUGUACGACAUGGUGUGCGGCGAUAUCCCGUUUGAGCACGACGAAGAAAUUGUCAGAGGGCAGGUCCUUUUCCGGAGGCGGAUAUCUGCCGAGUGCCAGAAAUUGAUCAAGUGGUGCCUGUCUCUCCGGCCGGCUGACCGGCCAUCCUUUGAGGACAUCAUCAACCACCCGUGGAUGCAGAACACAUCCACCUCUACGUUGUUGCCACAGACACCACAGACAGACAAGUCGAGCACAGAGAUCAAGUUGCACAGCAUCAGCCACGAGCCGUCGGCCUUUACACCCACUGCUGUGGCCAUGGCGCGGUGAUGGUUAACAGACAAGUUCGGACUGGAAAAGACUAUCUAGAAAACGGCAGGAGAAAAGCACCAUCCUGAAGAAAAACACACAUCUUCGUGCCUCGUUUUGAUUUCACAUCACCAUCAGACCACCACUGGACUCUAAUGCAGGGGGGGUGAUCAGCCUCUGCUAAAUACAACAGCAGAACACGUGCACGGACAGCACCUAGUUAUGUAACCCAUUUGGGCUGCAGAUUUGUUGCUCAAAAGUGCCUUCUGUGAGAUUGUUGGUUAGGGGAGGGAGGGAUUUUUUUUUGUGGGGGUGGGGGGGGGGGUCACCUGGAAAUACUUGAAUUUGUGAAUGCAAAACGUUUUCAGUUCUUAGUACGCUCAAAGCUUUAUUUUUUCCACUCAUGGGCCUAGAUCAGUAAAGCCUAUGCCAUUACUUUACAACCACUACAACUACUACCACUCCAAUCGUUACGGCAACCAGACCAACCUCGCAGCUCUGACAGCAUCCUGUGCAAACAAAACAUAACAAAAACACUGGACUUACCUCUCCUUUGCCACGACAUCUGCCUUUCUUCUACAAGCAAACAAUACUUUCUUUAUUUCUUCACUUCAUGCGUCACACCUAAACGCACACAUCAAUGCAAAAUCAAACAUACCCUUAAUGCGCCAUCCUCUGCUCUCCUUAACAAAAAUGUUCAAACAGUGCCUCACACAGGUCUUAAAAAAAAUGUCAAUGUAUGAAUUGUAUAAUAAGGUAUUUAUUUUUGCUGUGACUCACAAUGUGCUUUUUUUUCUUAUUUAUUAUAUUUAUGAGAAGAAUUUCGGCUGUUCGUAUAUUUCAUUCCACAGUCACUGAAGGGCCCACCAUUAUUUAAAAAAGACAAAAAGGUUAUUUUUUGACCAUAUUUAUUAUGGCUUGAAUUAUUUGUUUUUUUUUAUAUAUAUAAAAAAGGAGCAGAAGUGUAUGUUUGUGUAUGUUCUGUAAAUAACUGUAAAUAACUUCCCAAAGCACUUCCAUGUUAGUGUAUCUGAACAGUGAACGUCUACUGAUCAUAACCCUUGGUUGCCGUGUGUGUGUGUGCGUAUGUGUGUAUGUGUAUACGAGAGUGUGUGUGUAUGAGAGAUAAAUGUCAAUCGGAUGCAUGGUUGCAGCUUGGAUUGUUGUUUUUAUGUUCAGAUUAGAAUUGUAAGUAAGUUAAAUUAGAAAUUAUUUUUUUAUACGAGUCCAAUAAAUAUUUUUGUAGCAAUGA